AUGUGCAAAUACUUAAUUUAUGAUANUGAAUGUAAAUAAAAUGAUAAAAAAUUGAUUUGUGAAAUAGAUGAUCACAUUGAAGAGAUUAAUAUGUUUUGUUUUAUUCAUCAUGUAAUCAGUAAAGUAUUGAAUUGUUGCAAAUGUAUUAAGGAAGGAAAUCACAAUUCACACCAUUAAAAUUUGAAACCUAUUUCAAGUUUGAGAGAUUUCAAUGAAAAACUGAAUAAAGAAUGUGAUAACUUGAUCGAUGAUCUCAGUAAAUAGGUUGGCCUUAUAAAUAAAUAAUUUGCUAAAUUAAAGGAAGGAAUUAGAAAUAAAUUUUAGUUAUAAUCUAAAUAAUUACUUAAUCUGAAUUAUUGUCAAUGA